GAUAUUACGGUAUUGGAGAAUACAUUGGCGGUCAUAAGACCCGUGAGUUAGAUCAAAAAGUGUGGUCUAGCGAAGGCAAGAUAUAACUUGGUGAGAUGAGUGUUGCAAUUAAGUCCGGUUUUUGGAUAUUCACGUUUGGAGUCAUCGGUUAUGGACUUUACUGUGUGGUCAAACCUGAUGAUGAACUGCUUAAGAAGUUUGACGAGGGCUCCAAACAUACUGACACAAGGAAAUUCUCCCGUGACACAGUAGCUGUACUUAAAGAAGCAGCUAAACAAGAUUCCGAUUUAAAGAGGUUGAGUCGGAGGGACGCACAACGCUUAGAAAAACUACAAAAGGCACACAAGGCUAGGGAAGAAGUUGACGCUUCUAAUGAAAACGAAGACUUCUUCUCUGGAGCUUUUAAAAUAAGAUCCGAGUAUAUAGAACAGUUGCUAUCUCAAGUACCGACGUUAGAAACUUCAAUAUUACCUGCUCAUUUUGACAAUAUUAAACGAGAAGUCAAUGAACUGCAAAAAUAUGUUGUCACUUCAUCAUUCUUUCUCAAAGAGUUCAAUAUGCGGAAAUACUUGGGCAUUGUACAGACUUUACAAUCAAAAUGUUACGAAUUAGAAGACCAAUAUGUCCCUCGAAAGAAAUUUGGAUUCACAAGGAAAAAACUUCCCAAAUCGGACAACCAGAAACAAUCAUCGGAUGAACAGGAUGGUGUUAAGAUUGACAGUAAUAAAUGGGAUGAUAAGUUAUUCGGUUUCGAUUCUAAAGACGGGAAGGUUUUAUUGCUAGAAAACGAUGUGUUAUUCCAACGAGAUGUGACAUUGAGGAAUUUAAAGAAUUGCACAAUCGGUUUGAAAGGUGUCAUGGGGACAUUGCAUAUGACAAAUUUGGAUAAUUGUAUUGUUCUAUCCGGCCCGGUUACAUCUUCUGUGUUUAUUGAGAAGUGCACAAAUUGUAAAAUAGUCACAGCUUGUCAACAAUUACGUAUGCAUAGUUCUACGAACUGCGAUAUAUAUCUUCACGUAACAAGUAAAGGUAUUGUCGAAGAUUGUAUGGAGAUAAGAACAGCUCCAUAUAAUUUAGUCUACGAGGAUUUGGAGAAGCAUUUUAAUAUGUCAUCUUUAGAUAAAAAUAGUAACAAUUGGGAUACUUUGGAUGAUUUUAAUUGGCUAGCCCCCGAUGUACCGUCACCAAAUUGGUCAGUACUAGAUGUGAAGGAUCGUGUAAAUGAUUGGAGUGACUUGUGGUCUAAAAUUCCAUCAUAGUGUAAAAAAAAUAUCUAAUAUAAAAUCACUCUUUGUGGUAAAAAAUGCAUUAACCGAUAUUUGAAAACGUAAUUACUAACUGGUGCUUAAAAACUUCAUUUGCUAUUUGUAUAUGUACAGAUAUAGUUAACAAAAAAAAACGUACAGACGAAAUGAGUACCUCCUUCUGGAAGUCGGUCAAAAAAUUACCUGAAAAACACUUCUAACGAUACUUAAACAUUUAUUGUAACGAAAUUACUUUUCCCUUGUUUUCGCUAUUUUUAUAAUUUAAAUUACAAUCAUAAAGACAUUUUUUUAAAUGGCUUUAAUCUUGUAUAAUUGCUUCAUAGUUAAAUUGCAUUUUCACAUAAAAUUGGCUAAAAAACCACUUAAGUAAACUAGUGGUAAAAUUAUUUCCUGCAAAAUAUGGUGUGUAAGA